AUGGCUAUCGAUCCAGAAACUUUUAAAUUUGAAACUCCCCAAUUUGAUCCAAGAUUCCCAAAUCAAAAUCAAACUAAGAAUUGUGCCCAAAACUAUGUUGAUUACCAAAAAUGUAUUGCCAUUAAAGGAGAAGAUUUCGAACCAUGUAAAAUCUUCUGGAGAACUUAUACUUCAUUAUGUCCAGUCGAUUGGGUCGAAAAAUGGAAUGAUCAAAAGGAAGCUGGUAAAUUACCAUUCAAACUUGAUUAA